UCUCAAUUUGAUCAACAAUUUAUUAAAUUGUGUUCCUUUUAAUUGUGUCGUUGUGUUUAUGUUGAUCCUUGUUGUAGGAAGGAAAUUAUUUUGAUUCAAUUAUAAAUCAAAAUCUAUAAAUUAAUUAGAUCAACAACCUUUUCAUUGGUAAUCCGUUUGUGUGUUGUUAUUAAUGUACAUUUUUCUGGUUAAAACAGAUCAUUGUCAGGUCACCUCUCCAAUUCACAUUAAUUGUUUGACUAAUAAUUUUAAUUCAAUCAAUUGUUUUACAUUUAAUUGUUACAACCUGAUUUCUCAUCAGUUUGAAAAGUUUACCAAAACAACAAAAUCUAUUAUAGAAACGUCCUAUUAAUCAGCUGUAUUCCUUUGAACAAUCAAACAAUCUGAUCAAUGGUAAUUCAAUCAGAUUAAAUCAUCUUCUCUACUAUGUGAACUUUGUGCUAUCAUCAUCAUCAUCAACCUGUGAACCUUUUAAAUGUAUUCAAAUCUAUUUGGUUAAUUUUAUCGAGUAUUCAAAUUCAGUGUUCAUAAAUAUUAGAUAAUAAUGAAAGGGAAAACAUUGGAUGACGAACCCGCUACAUAUCAAUGGCCUUUUUUGACCAUUUUUUCACCGACCAAAGUGAUUAUCUUCUUAUGGAGUACAUUUAAUCGUUUAACAUUCAUUUUUAUCGCUUUCCUAUUAAUAUGUUGGUCUUCAAUGUUCAUCUAUUUAACCUUUUACUUUCUCUAUAUACCAACAAUAAGUUACACUCGAAAUAUUAAUUUCCAAUUUGAUUCUCGGUGUCAAGAUGAGUGUUUAAAUCCUUAUGCUGAAGUUGCCCUGCAAGACUUUAAAACACCAUCGAUAUUUGCUCGUGGUCAAUCAUAUCAGUUCACAAUUGAUAUGGAUCUUCCCGAAUCGGAGGUUAAUUGGAAUCAAGGGAUGUUCAUGGUUAGAUUGAGAUUAUUGGAUGAAAAAGACAGAGAAUUACAUAACAAUGCUUCACCAUCCAUCUUAUAUUAUAAAUCACCAAUUUUAAGGAUCAUAAAUAUCAUAUGUUAUUGGCCUUGGCUUGUUACUGGAUUAGCCGGAGAAUCUCAACAUCUUUCAGUUCCAUUGAAAAAAGAUUAUAUUGAUUCAAAUCAACCUGGACAUGGAUCUGCGAUAAAAGCAUUUAUUUCAAUUGAAGCUCGAAAGAUCCAAAUUUACUCAGCAAUGUUAACUGUAACUGCCAACCUUAAGGGUCUCAGAUAUAUGAUGGUCAAUUGGCCUUUGACCAGUGCCUUUUUUGGAACUCUUUCCAUUGGCUCUUUCUUGUCCAUUAUCACUCUACUUAGUGUUUAUCGAGCUUUAAGUAACCAGAACAAUGAGAUUAUUGCUGAAGAUAAUCGACCAGAACCGCUCACAAUUGUCGAUUCUAAGAAAGGAGUUAACAUUGAUUCUAAUUCUGGAUUAAGUGGAGAUCUUGAUUCUGGAUUUUAUUCAAAAAUCAGCGAUGAUUCUGGUCCUGAUUCAACCAAUCCAAUCUAGUCCAUUGUACACAUGAACUUUUUUUUCUCAUAUUCAAGUUAAAUACUUACAAAAACUUUUUUAUUAAAUACAAACUCAAAUAGUAAUAAAUAUAUUUUUCUUUUAAAACAAA